UUUGCUGCACAUUGACAGCUGUGACAGCGCUUCUCAUUCAGCAGACUUAACUAGUCAAAUGCCGAUCACGCAGUUGAAGAACCGCAAAAUGGCGCAGGCUAUAUUUGAGGUACUUGAAGGCAUGGACAAUCAGACAGUACUGGCGGUCCAAUCAUUGCUGGACGGUCAAGGAGGUGUUCCUGACCCGAACAACCAAAACGUCUCCGGCACGCCAACUAUCCAGUCUAUGGAUGACGAAGAUGUGUUCUUGUGCGGGAAGUGUAAGAAGCAGUUUAAUUCCCUGCCGGCCUUCAUGGCACACAAACGGGAGCAGUGCCAGUCGAGUGCCCCCUCCCUUUCCACUGUGUCUUUGGCCUCCACCAAUGCCUACACACCGGCUCCCUCCAUCACUUCAGGACCUCAAACCAAUGCCAACAGGCAGGUGUCCACCUACAUCACAGUUCCACCCUCCCCUCUAACACACACGCUAGUCCAAGGCAACGUGCUGGUCAGUGAUGACAUUCUUAUGUCUGCCAUCUCAGCGUUCACCUCCAUUGACCAGCCAAUGACCGCCAUGCAGACGCCCGUACAGAGUAACCCAAGCAUGCACACAACUGGUGUAUCAUAUCUUCAGCACCACCAUCACCACCAUCAUCAUCCUCAACAUCAGCCCUCCCACACACUUGCUCCGAGCCAGACGCCGGCCCACCCGCUGCCGGCAGGACAACCCACCCAGCAGCCACUCGCCUCUUCGCAUGUCCCCGCCAACCACGGCAACUCGGUAGUUCAGGUCUACAGCACGCUGCCCCACAUGGUCGGUGGCGGUAGUGCAGAGAUUCACGCAUUGAAUCUGCAUCCAUUCCAUCCUGUACAAGUGCCCAGUCAGUGUGUGGAGAGCCAAUUAUUCACCACGCCUCCUGUCUACAGUCCGGGAAAGCUGGGCAUCAAAACAAAGACGUGCAGCAUCACCACCAACACAACGGAGUUGGGCGAGUUUGAAAAACUCAUUGCCCCCAAACGACCAACAAGUAGCAAAAAAAGCACCGAUGGUGGUCUAGCAGAGUCACUGAAGUCCAAAGGACCGAAGCUGAAGUGUAAUUUCUGUGACAAAAUCUUCUCCAAAAACUUUGACCUCCAGCAGCACAUUAGGAGUCAUACAGGAGAGAAACCAUUUCAAUGUAUCGUGUGCGGUCGAGCCUUCGCCCAAAAGUCCAAUGUGAAGAAACACAUGCAGACACACAAGGUGUGGCCCAUGGGCGUGGCCAGCACGGUGUCAAGGCUGCCGCUCACUGUAAAGGUCGUGCCGGUGUCACCCAAUGAGGAGGAGGCCGGCGGGGAUCAGCAGCAGCAGCAGCAGCAGUGUGACCAGGAGGAGGCGGACCCCCAGCACCAGGCAACACGGGAAGACGACGCAGCCUCAUUGGCUUUGGCCACAGAAACAUCAGGGGAAGCGGAGGAAAGCGUAUCGGAGGCCCAAGCUGAUGUAGAGAGCCCUUGCGGCGAGUCUCUGACCUCUCAGCCUCCGAACCAAGAGGGUCCAGCUCAGACGAAACAGAUUGUGGUGGUCGACAGCUCCUACCAGUGCCAGUUCUGCUCGAGCAAGUUCAAGACCUACUUCCAGCUCAAAUCCCACAUGACCCAACACAAGGGGGAGCAGGUUUACAAGUGUGUGCUCAAGUCCUGCUCCCAGACCUUCCAGAAACUGGAUCAGUUCCUGGAGCACAUCAGGACUCAUCAGGAGCAGCUGACCUACCGCUGUCACCUCUGCAGCAAGGUGUUCCCCUCUCUGUUUGAACUGGGAGUCCACCAGUACUCCCACUGUUUCUGCCCGCAGCAGAACACACGCAAGGAAACCACAUUCUACAGGUGUGUGAAAUGUCAAAGCAAAUAUUCUUCCCAAGAAGCUCUGGAGCAACACCUACUGACUGCCUCACACAACUUCCCAUGCCCACACUGUCAAAAGGUGUUCCCGUGCGAGAGGUACUUCAGACGCCAUCUACCCACUCAUGGUGUUGGAGGGAGGUUUAAGUGUCACAUCUGCAAGAAAGUCUUCAAGACAGAACACUACCUCAAACUACACACAAGGAUUCACUCGGGUGAGAAGCCGUACAAGUGUUCCGUGUGUGAAGCCACUUUCAACAGGAAGGACAAAGUCAAGCGCCACAUGCUCAUCCAUGAACCCUUUAAAAAAUACAAGUGUCCUUUCAGGACUCAUGUAGGUUGCACGAAAGAAUUCAACAGACCGGACAAGCUAAAGGCACACAUUCUGUCGCAUUCAGGCAUCAAGCCCUUCAAGUGUCUUUUCUGUCAGAAGGCGUUCAGUCGCAGGGCUCACAUGCUGGAGCACCAGCAGUCGCACACGGACAGUUAUCGCUUCCGGUGCUCCGUCUGUAACAAAGGCUUCUCCAGACAGAGUUACUAUAGAGACCACAAAUGUUCAGGGGCGGGGAACGGUAAGAGACAAGAAGGCGAGACCACAGAGGAAUAUGUGGAGCGAGACAGAGGGGACGAGCGAGCCGGAAGAAGGAGCUGCGCUCGUCUUACGAGGCAGGCGGGGAGAUUAAGGACUGCCAGACAUGAGGUUAGGGAAGAAGACAACCAGGAGGAGACGGGAACAGACGCGGAUGAUGGAGAGCGGGACUCAACAGAUGACGGCGGUCAAGCUACGGCGGCCAUGGCUGCCAUCGAAGUUGAGGGGAUUGAAGGCGAUGCAUCACAGUAGAUAUCUAGAGCCACUCCUGAACCGGUUUCCUCCUACGCUAUGUUUGGGGAUUUUUAGAAUCAAUCAGGAAAUGUUUACUAGAUGUCCAAUGAAUAUUUUGUUUUAUAUUAAAACAUUAAAAAUGAAACUAUACAUGCUUAUAAACAAUAA